UCAGAGUUCACGUGUAAAAUAUGCAGUCCCUUUGCUUUGUUAUUCCCAACAUCUCCCAGACACAUUUAAUAUGAGGCGCAUCAUCGAGGCUCCAAUUUCCUCUGGAGGAUGCAACCAGUACCGAAUUACAUGCGCAAUCCUGCCGUGAAUCAGACAUCACCACGGUAACCGAACGGUAUUCACCAUUCUCUGCUUUACCCGUAAACAUCCGCGACGCAACCCUACCGAUCGUCAUCCUCGUACGCAAUUGGUCAGGCAGGCAGACAUGGUGAAGCUGGGCAGUAACCUGGCUGAUAAGCUGGAUAAAGAACAGUCUUUGGACGAUGGCUUUGAUAACAUCCCCCUCAUCACCCCUCUGGAGGUGAACCAGCUGCAACAGCCAUACUUAGACAAGGUAAUCGUGAAGACCACAACAGAGUAUCAGCUGCAGCAGAAGAAAAAGAAGAAGUUGUACGUCCCAGGAAUCAAGAAGCUGAAUAUAAAACUGUAUGACGAGGUAUCAGAGAAGGUCAAGCUCACAGGUUUGAUCCUCAUCACCCUUGGGUUCCUGGCUUGUCUUCUCCUGCUGGUCAUGUACAAGGCUCUGUGGUACAAUCAACUUACCUGCCCAGAGGGCUUCAUUCUCAAGCACAAGCACUGCACCCCAGCAGCGGUCCUGGAGCCCUGGUACGACACAGAGCAGCAACAGCAGGAGGACCCAGGCGUGCCCCCCCGCUCCAGCAGUCUCUACACCGCCCUGGGUCACCUCAACCAGGCCAAGAGGACCGCCGGCGGCGGCAUCAUCCCCGAGCUGCCCCCGUCACCAUGGUUCCCCGUCAUCAAUGCCCUGAAGCAAGCCGAGAGGGCCAAAGAGGAGGCGAGUCGUUCGAAGGAGUGAGGGAUGGAGGGAUUUCCAGAGGGAAAGGGUUUAGGAAGGGGGUGAUAAAGGUAGAAGGGUAUAUGGGGUUUCCAAAAGGAAGAGGGGAUGGAGAUGGGGGGAAAAGUGUUGUUUACUUGGGGGAGUUGACUAUGAGGUAUUCUGGGUAACGCUCCAAAUGUCUGUUUAGGUGUCAGCGAACGUGACUCAUUUGCAGUAAAGUUAAUCUCUCUAUGACGUUAUCAGUGAGGACCACCGCCUUGUGUUAUGUGCGUGCGUGCCUGUGCGAGUGAGAGAGAGAGAGAGAGAGAGAGAGAGAGAGAGAGAGAGAGAGAGAGAGAGAGAGAGGUGAGAGAGAGAGAGAGAGAGAGAGAGAGAGAGAGGUGAGAGAGAGAGAGAGGUGAGAGAUGUCCGUGUGAGAAGCGUUGGAGAACUGAACAUAACAACAUUCCCUGAAAUGCUCACUAGAUUGUCUUUAUCAGACUAACAUGUUUUCAGGUUUUUAUUUUAUGCUGAACUGAAUGUAGAGUAUUGUUAGUAAUGUGGUCUGACAAGAUUUAGCGUUAUUACAUUUAGAUCGAACUAGACAUGUUUUUUGUAGAUUUUUACAUACACAGUUCGGAAAUAAAAUGUUUUGUUCUAUUCAGGAAGCACAGAGCCCACAUUAAUUUAGAAACAUGAUUGUAAAAAACAUAUUUAUCAUGCCUUUUUUUCUCAAUAGAUUUUCCAGCAGCUGUGAACAAUUUGUGUAUGAGCAUUUUGGUACAAUUGGGUACGAGGAACCUGAAUAUUUUCAGGUGGAAGAUAACCAAAUGGAUUGAUGUCAUUUCAAUUCAGAUGAUUUCGAAUGUAGUAGACUAGCAGGUGUACGAGUUGGAUUCCUGUCUCGUAAUAUUUUAACAUAACAUUAACUACCUAGAGUAUCCGUCCGUAUCUUUGUGUUUCCUAGUAUUUAUUUAAAGACCUAUUUAUUAUAAGCUUACUUUAUUCUUUAAGCUAUUUAUUUGAUUUCUUUUUUUGGGGGGUGAAAAGCUUGAAGGAUUACAUUUUUUAAUGAUUUAUUAUUAAUUAUUAUUAUUUAUUUAAAUUAUUUAUUUGGGGAUUUUUAAAAUAGAGGAUAAAAUGCAAUGCGAUUCAUAUCAAGUUUGCAUUAAUCCUAAUUCAUCAUAAUAACUGGCAGUAUUUUCACCAUGGAUCAGAUUGUGAUACUGCCAUUGUGUCACCAUUCACCACCCAGCGUUAAUAAACCUUGUUCUGUUCUGAGUGCCAAACGUUUAUGUCAGACCCAUCUGCUCUGAUGUCAUCAAUAAAGUGUUAAUCAUAAUCUGGGA